AUUUUCAAAACGAAAUGAGGAAAUCGGAUCCGGUAAAAUGUCUGCGCCCUUGACAGCUGAAUUAUUUUCUGUAGCUUUCAAAAGGCUAAUAUUUAAAAAAUACGUACCAUCGGCGUUUCCAUGUGUGAACGGAAUACAGUUGAAUCACGAAGCUACAUUCAGUUCAUUUGUUGGGUCUAAAGAUAACAAUGCAUCAUUUAAAUGGCUAAAUACCGAUCUACAAACACCAUUUUUAGCAGCUCAGUUGUAUAUGUACAACUCUUCAAGAGAGUAUGGACACAAACGCCCUCAGAAGCCUCCAAAGGUUACAUUCUUUCAGUAUUCUGGUGACCUGAGGAAAAUUCCAGAAAUAGAUCCCACUAAACUAGUGUACACAUAUCAAGGCUUGGAAAAAGAAAUUAGCCAAAAUGAAACCAUCCAGAAAUUGUCAAGUCUAGAAUAUGCUACAGGUGACGAGAAAGCUAAUCAUAAAAGAGAGUUAGUUAUUGACAGAAUUGUUCAACUUUUUGGACCCAACUCUGAAAUUGAACAGGAAAUUGCGCUGCUGACCUUGGGCAUCAGACAAAUGAUUCCUUACUGUAUAUCACAAAGACAGGACAAAGGGAAUAAGAUUUAUCUGCUCAAGCGCAUCUUUCGGAGGAGGCGACUAUUAACUCGGCUAAGAGAGUUAGACCACGAGAGAUUUGAGUGGCUACUGAGAGAAUUGAAGAUACGGUAUGUGCUCCCAAGAGAUCGUGAAGAGUACAAAGGGUGGAAAUACAACUUACGAAUGAGCACACAGAACGAGGCCGUAGCUAAACAAAGAGAAAAACUAGAGAAAUUAAAAGAAAAAUUUGAAGCUGAGAAAAAUAAAUUUUUUGAGAAGAAAGCACAAGUGUUGUCUGAAAUUCAGAACGACCUGGAGAAGUUUGGUCUCAGCAGGGACUUCCUGGACCAGCUUCAAGUUGUGGAAAAACAGGAACCAGUGAAAGAAGUGAAAAUAAAAGUUGAGAAGGAGGAGCCUGUCAAAGCCUCCAAAAAGAAAAGAUAAAUCUCGUUUACAUUUUGAAUAGAGGAACAUUUGGUUGGGUUAAAAUAUGUCAAGUCUAAUUCAUAAAAUGGUUACUCAUAACAUACAUUCAUGUUUUCUUACUUUUUUGAAUGCAUUUGUAUGUUCGGUGAAUAUUCUGAGUGACCAAUAUAAUGAAUGGGAUACUUAAGUUUUAGAGAUGAACAGUAAGAAAGUAAAACAAUAAGCAAUCAAUAAAAGUCUGUACUUGUUGAGAAUCAUGCAA